CCCCACCUCCGGCCUCCUCUGCAGGUCGCCUCCGCGGCGCCACGCCACGCCGAGUCGGCCAUAGCCGCGAGGCGCGCCGCGCGGCAGUGCCGGGUGAGACCAAGACGCGAGCGCACCGGUGACAGUCGUGUCCAGCAGCGCCGCUACAGGUGUCGAUCCCAGAACAUAGACGAUUCAAAGGGCAAUUGCCCGACCGAGUCGUGUAAACCGAAGACGCCAGAUUAAUUGACUGAUUUUAUUGGAGCCGCAGCCCACCUCACGAUGCCGGUCCCGGCGCGACUCUGUCUGGUGAUCGCCGUCAUCGUCGCUCUCCUGAUCGCGGUUGUGACCCGGACCAGCGCGGCGGCGGUCAAAGCAGGGGACUUGUUUGACCUGUGCAAGAGGAAUGAUCCGCAGCUUAACGAGUGCGUCAAAGACUCCAUCACGAAGCUUCGGGCGACCUUCAAGAAGGGUAUUCCGGAGCUGCGGGUGCCGUCUCUGGACCCUAUGGUCGUCCCCCGGAUCUCCCUCAACCAAGGCAACGGCCCAGUGUCCAUCACCAGCAGCUUCAAGGACCUCCACAUCCAGGGCUUCUCCGACGUGCAGAUCAACAGUGUCAAGGUCGACCUGCCCAACUUCCGGAUAGACGUGGACUGCUACCUGCCGUGGUUCUACACGUGGGGGGACUACGAUAUCAAGGGCCAGAUACUCAUCCUGCCGAUCAGUGGCAACGGCCCGAGCUGGAGCAACUACACGGACGUGAGGGGGCGGGCCGUUAUCACGGGACACGAGGUCGUCAAAAAGAACAAGACCUACUUCGGCAUGGAGGACAUGAAGUUCGACGUGGACGUCGGCCACGCCACUAUUCACAUGGACAACCUGUUCAACGGAAACAAAGCUCUCGGUGACACGAUGAACCAGUUUAUGAGUGACAACUGGAAGGCUGUGUAUUCAGAACUCAAACCCGUUAUCAACGAGGCUGUGGGCACGCUUCUGAGGGAUGUGGCCAAGAAGAUUUUCGAUAAAUUUCCUCUGGAAGAGCUGUUUCCUAUGUAGAAGCGGCCAUCUCUAGUCGGGCUAGAUUAUAGUCUGAGACAACAUAGGACCCAUCAUUUCCUGUUUUACCCGAGGAAGUGUGAUGCGCUGCUAAACUGUUGUAGCCGACCCAUCCUUCGCUCUUAAGGACACGGCUGUACUUCAGCAGACUUAAUUUGGCUGUGAAGGCUUGCUGCUUCUUGUUAUUUGUUGCCGCUCUCAGUGACUUGACAGUGUGUGGGAAGCGUCUCUUUCCUGCAGAAUGUCUGGUUUUGGUACACUCUGCGCCGAAAUGUAGGCAGCUCAACGUACAGCUGAAUGAAGCUUCUUGGGCUGCCUACAUCUGAGGCGUUUCCAACCGCGACUGAGUGGACGCUCCUCCCAAGGACGCGGUCCAUCGUUUUGCCGUGGGCGCCGCAGACAGCGCGACAGUGGCGACUUGGAGAGACUUCAACAAGACUUUUGUGAUACUAAUGCGUAUGGUUGCUCACUUUAGAAAUAAUCAGUGUUAAGUUACCGCUAGCAAAUACAUUACUAUAGAUUGAUAGGUACGGUUUAAUGUAAUCGAGUCUGUGUUUUAUUUACCAAUUCGACUAUCAAGUGCAUAGUUGUGUUUAGUAGUUCACACCGCCUCAUGCAGUUCCCACAUCCUUGCACGGCAUGUCAUUGUGAAAACAGUAUUUCAAUAUUUGAUGUAAGCACACCAAAUGGAUUAAAAAGAAAGGUGCCAAUUUACAGUUCA